GUAUUUUUAGACCACAAAUCUAUCAAGCCCUUGAAUAGUUUCUUAUAAAAAUCAUUUUUUUUAAAAAACCUUUUUUUUUUUUGGCUGAAAAUGGGGUGUGUAGCUACAAAAAUGGAAGAAGAAGAAGAGGUAGUGGGUAUAUGUAGAGAAAGGAAGCAUUUUUUAAAAUUAGCUGUAGAGAAAAGAUAUGCAUUAGCAGAAGCACAUUUUAAGUAUUGUCAAUCAGUUUAUGGUGUUUCAAUAGCUUUAAAACUAUUUGUUGCAAGACAUUCUUCAUCUUCUUCACCAUUUUUAAUCACACUUCCACCACCUUCACCUCAAAAAGAAAAAAAAGUAGUUUCAAACCCUUUGUUUCUUCAACAAAACUCAACUCCACAACCAAACAAAGAUUCCAAUAAUAUUGCAUGUGGUUCAACUUCAUGUUCUUGCACAUCAUCUUCAGAAGAAGAAGAGGAAGAAGAAGAUGAACAGAAAGUUUUUAAAACAGAUAUGGGUUUGGAAAAAGAGCAAGAAGUUGGGAAUGGAAAUGGGUAUUUUUAUAUGGGUAUGGGGAGUGUGCCCACAAUGCCAUCACCACAAAGGGAUCAGUUUGGAUGGGAUUUUUUUGACCCAUUUUACACUAUGAGGCCAGAGGUGAUGAGAGGGUAUAAUGGUAAUUUUGAUGAGGAUUUAAGGGUAGUUAGGGAACAAGAAGGGAUACCUGAUUUGGAAGAGGAAGAAGUUGAACAAGUAGUGGUAAAAAACAACAACAAAGUGGUAAACAGUGAAAAUAAGAAGAAGAAGAAGAAGGAGGAAAAAGAGAGUUGUGUUAAACAAAAAGAAGAAGAAAGUUGUGAAGUUUUGGGAACAGUGGAUAGUGCUAAAAUGAGCCAAGAUGACAUACAAACACCAAAGGGUUUGUCAGUAGUUAUAGAUACACCUGAAAAUGGGAGGGAGUUGUUGGAAGCAUUGAAAGAUAUUGAAGAUUAUUUUCUGAGGAUUUAUGAAUCUGGGAAAGGUGUAUCUAAGAUGCUGGAAUCUAACAGGGUCCAGUUACAAUCUGGUUUGAAUGAAAUUAAAGAGAGUUCAACUAAGCUCAUUCAAGCAAUCACAGUACGUUCAACAUCUUAUCGGUCAACGACGUGUAAGAGUCUUGUAGCAUCAAAUUCUAAAACGGCUUCUGCAUGGACUGAAUUUAAUAAUGAUCUCUUUGAUGACGGAGGGGGAAUGAAUUCAGGAAGCCAUUCUUUAACACUAGGAAGACUAUAUGCCUGGGAAAAGAAGUUAUAUGAAGAAGUCAAGGCUGGAGACAACACUCGGAAAUUAUAUGAGAGAAAAUGCAGCCAGUUGAGGAACCAAGAUGUCAAGGGAGACGAGGGUGUCACAAUAGACAAAACAAGGGCUGCAGUUAAAGACUUGUAUAGUCGAAUCUUGGUAGCUAUCCGAAGUGCAGAAUCGAUCUCAGAAAGAAUUGAUAAACUCAGAGAUGAAGAAUUACAGCCUCAAAUCAUUGAACUUUUACAUGGUAUGAUGGACAUGUGGAAGGCUAUGUUGGAAGCACAUGAAAUUCAAAACAAGAUCAUGUUUGAAGUCAAACUAUUCACGUGCCCAACAUACGGGAAGUUCUCAAACAACAAUCACCGUCUUGCUACAUUGCAACUGGAGGCUGAGCUUCAGAAUUGGCGGGCAUGCUUUCGAGACUACCUGACGGCGCAAAAACAAUAUGUUGGAGCUCUUUACAGUUGGCUAUCAAAGUUCAUAGUUCCUGAAGUUGAACUCUACUCAAAAAGUAGAAACACAUCUCAACCUUUUCAAUCAUUAAACGGGCCUCCAUUGCUCAUGAUAUGCCAAGAUUGGUUUAAUUUAAUGGACAAAUUACCUGACAAAACGGUUUAUUUUUCCAUGAAAAGCUUCUCAAAGGAUUUGCAUGCUUUAUGGGUUCAACAGGGGAAAGAACAAGAUCAAAAGAGAAAAGCUGAUAGCUUGUCUAAAGAACUUGACCGUAAGAUUCUUGCGUUUCAGAAGACUGAAAACCGCGCUUUUGAACCAAAAAGCACGAAUCUUGAGCUUUGUGAAGUUGAUGUUGACCAUCAAGCAGAUUAUUUGAAAGAAAGGAAAGAUUAUCUAGAUGAGUUCAGAGCAAAAGUAGAAUUGGAAAGAGGGAAACAUCAAAGUUGUAUGCAAGAAACUCAACGGAUCACAUUAAACGGAUUGCAAACAGGGUUUUGUCGGGUUUUUGAGGCUUCAAUAGAGUUCUCAAAAGGGUCACUAAAGAUGUACCAUGAUCUUGUUAGUCGUGACAACCCUGAAAAAGUGGACAACUCGACUUAUAUUCAAGAAGACGGGUGCAGCCGGUGACAUGAAGGUUCUUAAAAUAUUGUGCCGAAAGAUUCUUUAGAGGUAAUUGUGUUAUUUGUAAUGAUUGUUUGUACAUUAGAUUUAUGAAUGUGAUUGAAGCCGCUUGCUGAGACACAUUCAUUUAGUUGAUUAGUUGGAUUUGAUCAAAGUGGUCAAGAAGUGUUUUAUUCUUCUUAUGCUUGUUAGAUUUGAUUAGGGUUGGGUGGUAUUAUUGCUCACAAUUUUGUUGGUUAGAACUUAAAUUUCUUGCAUCUUUAUUGGUAAUAAUUCCAAUAAGUUGUGUAGAAAUGUGGAGGUUCAAGUGAGCAGCUGGUUGUAACUAUUAAGUAGUAACCUUUGUUUGAUUUUAAGAGCAAGGUUUCUAUUUGUUCA